AUGGCUAGACGCAAAUCAAAAGCUAGACCUUGGAACAAGAAUAAACAAAAUGUUCCUGGUAACAUUCCUGUCAACUCGACGAUUGACACAAACUCAGAAUGGAACACAAACGCUGGAUGGACUCAGACCACCACAGCCAACUAUCAACAUGUCCACGUGCCUCUCACCGAGGUGACUCCUAUCUGCAAGCCUGAGGAUCGAGGACGAUAUGGCCACAAGGAGUCUCGAGAGCGCCUUGAGUCGCAAGGCUACCAUCCGUUGGUCACUAGCAUGACCAAGGAAGAGGUCGAGGCCUCUUACGAAGAGAAACGCAAGAAGAGCCUUGAUAAGCCAGAUUUCAUUGAGUAUGCCUGCGAGGGAAAAGAACAAGGCUUCGAGGGUCGAUAUACUUCCGACAGGAAUCUGCUUAUCAAGGCAUCCGAGUCCUCCUUUGAGAGAAGGGAUGAGACACCCGAACUCACCAAGGAAGCUUUCAACGGGACACACCCCCAAGGUCUUCUAAUUGCACAGCACCUUGCUUCGCUCGGCAUCAAGCAGCUUGAGAAGCUUGCCCUAGCUCGCCCACGAGAAUGGGACACCCUUUCCAAGGGUAUGGCCAUUUGGGAUUUCACUACCAAAAGUUUCCAUGGCGAACCCUCCGGUCACGUUUUUUUGUGUCUUUUCCCAAAGAUUUCUCAGGGAGCUUUCAGCAAGUCACCUGCCCACAGGGAAUCGCGAGGAGAGGAAAAACUUGCUCGAAAGAAUAUCGUCAAGCAGAUCAGGUGGAUUUACUUUCUAUGCGGUCCUACAGAGCUACCUGCUUGGCAUCCCGAAGAAAAACUCAAGAUGCAAACCGAGGGGCCGAGUGCGGAAGUCUGGCGCUGUCGCACCACAGGUACAAAGCCACCGCUGGUUGUGAUCAACAUGGCCAGGUCCAUCCCAGACAUCAGUAAACUCGACCACAUGAUGCGAGACUAUGUCGACCAACCCAAGCAUCUCGACUAUUACAUGUCUAAGCAAGUCGCACUGAAGAAUAUGUUCGGCCUACUCACAAGCAUCUUCAACAGAAGAACAAACAUUCGCGUUCUUCACUUUCAGAAAACGCCGCUUCUUGACCGACGACUGGUGGCCUGCAUCCUGCGUGCUUGCCCUCAUAUUACCACACUUGGCAUCUAUCAAUGCCCCCUGAUUCACUUUGGUGAUGUCAUCUGCCUUUUGGACCUUAUCCACGAGGUCAACUUGAACCGCAGCAGUCAGAGCUUGCCGCUGGUAGAAGCCUUGGACUUUUACCCUCUAUACCAUGCCGGCAUGCCCUUCAAGUUACCCAUCAACGACGAACUCACAAAGGCAGAGAAGGACCGUGGUAUGGAGCCUGCCGCAAGGGAAACACACGGAUACGGCAUCACUUGGACCUACAUGCCCAACGAGGUCCUUCAGCGAGGCGUUUUCGCUAUUCUCCUGAAAACUGUUCUAAAGGCUCGCAAGAUGGGCAUCCGUCUCCUGAUGGAUAGAGACGCAGCCUUCAUGAAGUACCUCUCGGAUGUUCCCAUGCUACCCGGCAUCAUUUUUCAAUUCCUAGACGGCUUGUACCGCUAUCUUGAUCUCAAAGAGGCUGGAUCCGAAGACAACACCGCCAUGAAAAGAGCGAAGUACGACAUGAUCCUGGCCGUACACGCCGGCCUACAGUCGCCGUAUCGCAACACCCUCGACCCCUCCGAUGACGUUACCCGACGGGUCACCUCACUCUUUUGUCGUUCGUGCGGGUAUAAGAUGUUGGAUAUUUUCUUCUGCAGCAACAAGAUCGGAUUGCCACCUCACCGACGAACCUGCGCUGGGUGUGAGUUCCAGGCUUGUCUCGACAAGCAGAGCGACCAUCAAAAGCAUCACGACCUCAAUUUGAUGGGACGUUUCUUAGAGAAGGACUGGGACCCCAAGGGUUUCAACGUUGAUGCUCCGGUCCAUGACGAUGGCCAAGAACUCCUUUUUUUGCACACCCGAAAAACCACAAACGAUCUCCCUCUGAUGGUGCUCCUCCCAAAUGGUGAAUUCGACCGGCCGUCGUUCCAGGAGCAACUUAUCUGCGAGCAUAAGGAGAACAACGACUGUCUCCAGGGCCUGCCCACUCUUCAGAGCUUGCUCCUACAAAAGGACGCUGAGAAGGCCGAUGCCAAAGACCAUGCUCUCCACGUUGAUGCAUGCCGAGCCCUUUCGAUCAUCAUGAAUCACCAUGACUUCGAGCUUGCUAUGCACGAUAAAAAUCACGGUGUCGGGGGUCAUUUUUGUGAAGGCCAGGGAUGGCGUCCUCUCUCCGGAGGCUUCAGAGAUAAAGGUGUAAGCCACACAUUCGAGUCAGCCACGAAGGCGGCCGAAGACCUCAAGGUGAGGGCCGACAUUGCAGAAGGUCGACGACCGGAGCAGGAUGCUGCGGGAUUUUGGUGA